GACGGCAUUGAAACAUGAUCUUAGGUUUUAAUAAAUUAUAGGACUCCCGGCUCAUCAUACAAGGUGCUGUCUGAAGAACAUCAACACAAAGCAUCUGUGAAAGGCCCAAGAUAACAGGCAUUCUGUUCACAGUUGUUUUUUAUUUUCUUUUACAUUCUGCCCUCUGGAUCCAGCUAUCUGGUCAUGAAUCCUGAAUACGACUACCUGUUCAAACUGCUUCUUAUUGGAGACUCUGGUGUCGGCAAGUCUUGCCUGCUCUUGCGGUUUGCGGAUGACACCUACACAGAGAGCUACAUCAGCACAAUCGGGGUCGACUUUAAGAUCAGAACCAUUGAAAUGGAUGGGAAGACUGUCAAACUACAAAUUUGGGACACAGCCGGACAAGAGAGGUUCCGGACCAUCACAUCCAGCUACUACAGAGGAGCACAUGGGAUCAUCAUUGUGUAUGAUGUCACUGAUCAGGAGUCCUUUAACAACGUGAAGCAGUGGUUGGAGGAGAUUGACCGCUAUGCGUGUGAAAAUGUCUCCAAAUUGCUUGUGGGAAACAAGUGUGACUUGGUCUCUAAAAAGGUAGUGGACUCUGCCACUGGUCAAAAAUUUGCUUCAUCCCUGAAGAUUCCAUUCCUGGAGACCAGUGCGAAGAAUGCUGAUAAUGUAGAGAAAUCAUUUUUAACCAUGGCCUCUAAAAUACAGAAGCGUGUUGGAAGUGAUGGUGUUCAAAGUGAGGCUGCUAAAGUGGGCAACAAGAUAAACAGUGCACCCCUUUGGCCUGGGGGGAAAGAGGAGGCUGCCGCAGAGGAGGGGAAUUCUUGUUGCUAGUGCCAUACACAAAUUACAGCAUAUGAGAAUCAAUGAGUUUGGCCACUAUAUGCAUUUCCUUUUGUUUUGUUCAGAGAUGGUAAUUGAUCCUUGUGAGAACAGCUAUGCAAUAGUUAUGCGGUAGCCUGUUCCAACAGUGCAGAGAAUGUGACCCGCUGAAAGGCACCCUUUGAAUUAGUCUGGGUACUAGUCUAUGUAACAUUCCACUCCUUGUUAUAUUCCAAAGAGUGUUUGGCAAGGAGUGGAAUGUAAUAUCUGAACAGAGACAGCAACCAUGCUAUCUUUGAAUGGCCUGGGUAUCGGACAUGUGACAAAAAACAACAGUUGAUUUACCCAUGUGGGGAUCCAGGAUAGGUGAAUGUUGUUUUUGAUGCUUUGAACUUGUAAGGUGAAUGUAGGGUGUCAUGUUAUCUGUAACAUUUGUGAAGAACUGAUUGUUUGGGUUACCAUCGGUGGUCAACAAGUAAUUAUUUCUUAUGGUAAACACUUUUUGAUUAACAUUUGUUGUUUAAUGAUUACAAUAAAUGAUAUAUUUGUG